AAGAGAACCGGCCUCGUCCGUCAGCUCUCGAGUCGCGGUUGGCCGUUUGUCGAUGAUAAAGUGAACGCGAGCGCGUUCUGUGGUCUGUGAUUCGGCGGUGUCAAUUCCAGAAAGCAGUGGAACGAUGAGUGCCUGCGUCAAGGAACAGCGCGUGUUUGCCGACUCGCCCCUGAAAUCGAAGGUGGCCCUGUUCAAUAACUUCGCAGAUAAUCACACUAAGCGGCAGGCGAUCAAUCCGUUUUCCAACGAUCAAUGCGUGUCCGGCUUGCCGAAACCGAAAAUUUCCAAAGAGGACUACGGCAGGCCGGCGAAGGGGUCCCUGUCGGAACAACGAUCAUUCAAGGCGACGAUCCAGGUGUGCAAGGAGAUGUUGCAGCUGUGCGAGGUGAUAAACCAGUGCGGCGAGCCGCUGUUUGAGCCCCACGAGAAACAAGGCGACGCGCGGAAAGUGAUCAGCUUCGGCAAUUUAUUUUCGAUCUACGCCGGCAUCUCGGACAAAGUCGUCGGUAUGCUGAUACGCGCCAGGAAACACAAACUGGUGGAUUUCGAGGGAGAAUGUUUGUUCCAGAGACGAGACGACCACGUGCCCAUCAUCUUGCUGAAGUCUUUCAAGGAAAUUUACCAGAUAUUGAUGGAAAAAAUCGGAAUAGCUUCGGACCAACUGAAAGAGAGUAUAGCCCAGUACGGCGACCAGGAUACUAGCGGUGUUGUGUAACGUCUUAUUAGAUGAUUAGGUGAUUAAAUUUGUUGCGGACCAACUAUUUCGUGGAGGAGAAGUAAAAGGAAAUCACAGACAACACCCUUACGUAGUGAUACAUACAUAAUGUAAUAUAAAUAAAUAUAUUUUUUUAUGCAGUUAGUUAUGUACAAGACAUUUAAAAUCGAAGUUCUAGAAAUUGGCAGGCUCUGUGCUGCCCCUAUGAGAAGUUUUCGGCUUUGUCACGUUCUAGAAUGUUUUUAAGUACUUUUCAGUAUUGUCGCACAUAGUUCAAUUUUUUAGUAUUACACGAAUUAUGUAAGUUUUUUUUUUGAACGGGUAUUCCAUUUAUCCUAUUAGUUGCGCUGUGUACGUUAAAUAAUACUCGGUAGUUGCGCUUGAACGAGACGACUUGGUUUUUAAAUAGAAAUGUAACUAUUUG